AUGCAGGUGUCCACAGUAAGCGAUGACUCAUCCUCAAUAAAUUCAAGGCAGACUCCCUCAGUUGCUGACCCCUGUUCGUCGUGCAACCCUUCCCCCCUGACUUCCUGUUUCGUUACUCAGAAUAAAAGAGUGAUUCUAGCUACGGCUGUUGUUUAUGUUUUGGAUAGUUUCGGAAUUGUCAGAAAGGGUAGGGCUUUAUUAGAUUCUGGAAGCAUGUGUAAUUUGAUGACAUCUGAUUUCGCCAAUGCACUUGGUUUAAAGAAAGAAAAAAUAAAUGUUCCAAUAUCAGGGAUUUCCGAUACUACUCUUAAUGUGAAAAGAAAAAGUACCUCCACUAUUUUGAACUCGGAUGGUUCUUUUACUGCAACACUAGAUUUCUUGGUCAUUCCGAAAAUCACAGAUCUAAUGCCAUCCACAUUUAUUGAUUUAGAAGGAAUAGAAAUUCCGCCUUGCGUCCAAUUAACAGAUCCGGAAUUCUUUUCCUCCCAAAAAGUGGAUAUAUUGAUAGGGGCAGAAAUAUUCUUAAGUAUCUUAAAAGAAAUUAGAUUUGAUAUAAAUAAUUCUUUAAUUUUGCAAGAAACUGUAUUUGGACAUAUACUAAGUGGAACAAUUCAAGGUAAACAGGAAUCACAGCAUUGUGGUUUAAUCUCUCAAAUAGAUAACUUAGAUAAUUUGUUAAAGAAAUUUUGGGAAUUUGAAAAUAUUUUAGAUGCACCUACAUCUAAAAACAAAGAAGAAUUAGCAUGCGAAGAAAAUUUCGUGCAGACUUAUCGUAGGGAUGAGCAAGGUAAAUAUAUUGUUAACCUUCCUCUUAAGAAGAAUAUGCAAUCAGGCAAUUCCAUUCAAACUGCAAAACAAAGAUUAGAUAGUCUGUAG